AUGCGCAUCAUCGCUUACCCAUCUACCGGUGUCGAGUUUGGUCUUGACAACAAUGCAUCUUCUUCUACUUUUGCCACUAUCGACGCAAACCACAAUUCUAAAACUCACGACGCCAAAGUAGCUUGGUAUAUGGGAGAAUGGACUACGCCUGUUACGGCUGUGUUGGAGGCUUAUGUUAUGAUGUCGUUCUUGUUCUUCUUUGUUGCGUUUAUGGCGUAUAUCCAUAAGAAUGGAUGUUGUCAUGUCUUCCGUUGCAGACGUCGCAGAAGAGCUAUCCGGUAUCAACACAUGAGAGUGCGUCAGUGGAAUGAACAACAAGCUGCUGCUGCUGCUGCCAUGGAAGACGACUCUGACGAAGACAUCAACAAUCACGAAGUCAACAGUGUGUUGUCGAGAGAUCCUGCUGCUGUCGACGUCGAGCAUGGUGCUGGUGUACAUGAGAUCCAGAGGCUGGAGAGAGCAAUGAGAACUGCUGGAAUGUCUUGA